AUGGCUUUUCGAGGACAUGAUGAGUCAGAAGAAUCCUUGAACCAAGGAAAUUUUAUGGAGCUUUUGAAACUUUUGGCUUCUUGUAGCAAAGAGAUAUCUAAUGUUGUAUUGAAGAAUGCUCCUGAAAACUUGAAACUUACAUCACCUGACAUUCAGAAAGAUAUCAUAAAUGCAAUUGCAGUUGAGACUACAAGAGCUAUCAUUGAUGAUAUUGGUAAUGAUUUUUUUGCCAUAUUAGUUGAUGAAUGUCGGGAUGUGUCUGUGAAAGAGCAAAUGGUGCAUGUUAGUGACACAAUUGCUACUUCACUUGAGAAGGGAAUUGGUUCCUUGUUUUCUACUUAUGGGUUAAGCAUUUCUAGUUUGAGAGGUCAAGGAUAUGAUGGUGCAAGCAACAUGAUAGGUGAAUUCAGUGGAUUGAAAACUUUGAUACUAAUUAAGAGGAAUCCUAAUGCUUAUUAUGUUCAUUAUUUUGCUCAUCAGCUUCAACUAACAAUUGUUGUUCAUGCAAAAAAUGAUGAUUCACAAAAAUCUGAAGCUAUGAAUUUGUUAGAUGUUAUUAGUCGAUUUGAGUUUGUUUUUGUGUUACAUCUGAUGAAGAAAAUUUUGGGAAUUACACAUGAUCUAUGUCAAGUGCUACAAAGGAAAGAACAAGAUAUUGUGAAUGCAAUGAAACUUGUUAAUGUAGCAAAAACUCGCUUGCAAGCAAUGAGAGAGAAAGAAUGGAAAAUGAUGUUAACUGACAUUUCUAAGUUUUGUAGUAGAAAUGAGAUAGAAAUGCUAGAUAUGGAUGAUGAAUAUGCACCUCGAGCAAGAGGAAGGCGUAGAGUUGAGAAAAUGACAAAUCUCCACCAUUACCGAGUUGAGCUAUUCUACACUGUGAUUGAUAUGCAAGCUUUAGAGUUAAAUCAACGUUUUGAUGAAGUCAACACAUAA